AUGGCCGGGUCCCGCUGGGUGCUCGGGGCGCUGCUCCGGGGCUGCGGCUGCAACUGCAGCAGCUGCCGGCGUACGGGCGCCUCCUACCCGCCCCUCUGCUCGGCGCCGGCCGCCUGCCCCUCCGGCGUGUCGGGCCGCCGCCGCCUGCUGCUGCUGCUCGGGGCCGCCGCGGCCGCCGCCUCGCACACGCGGGGCCUGCAGCUCGGGCCAGCGCCCUCCGCGAGGCUGGCGGGGCCUCCCCCCGCGCUGCCCUCCGCCGCCGCGGCCGCCGCCGCCAACUACCCGGCCCUGCGCGGCCCGCUGCUGCCGCAGGCGCUGGCGGCCGCCGGCCCGGCGCGCGCCUUCAGCCAGGAGUCCAAAACGACCUACUUGGAAGACCUUCCGCCACUACCCGAGUAUGAGUUGAGCCCAUCCAAGUUAGGAGAGGAAGUGGAUGAUGUUUUCCUCAUUAGAGCCCAAGGGUUACCGUGGUCAUGUACUGUGGACGAUGUGCUUAACUUUUUCUCAGACUGCAGAAUCCGCAAUAGUGAGAAUGGAGUACACUUCCUCUUAAACAGAGAUGGGAAGCGAAGGGGUGAUGCCUUAAUUGAAAUGGAGUCAGAGCAGGAUGUACAGAAAGCCUUAGAAAAGCACCGGAUGUACAUGGGCCAGCGGUACGUGGAAGUGUAUGAGGUCAGCAAUGAGGAUGUGGAUGCCUUGAUGAAGAGCCUGCACACCAAGUCUUCGCCUGCAGUCAACGACGGCGUGGUCCGCCUGAGAGGACUUCCUUACAGUUGCAAUGAGAAAGACAUCAUCGACUUCUUUGCAGGUCUGAACAUAGUAGACAUUACUUUUGUGAUGGACUAUAGAGGCAGAAGAAAAACGGGGGAAGCCUACGUACAGUUUGAAGAACCAGAAAUGGCUAACCAAGCUCUGUUGAAACACAGGGAAGAAAUUGGUAACCGGUACAUAGAGAUAUUUCCAAGCAGAAGGAAUGAAGUUCGAACCCAUGUAGGCUCUCAUAAGGGAAAGAAAACUGCAUCCUUUCCUGCUGCUAAGUAUGUAACCGAGCCAGAAGUUGUGUUUGAAGACCAGGAAGUGAAUGAGGACACUCAGCCCAUGGUGGCCUUUGAAAACCAGAAAGAGAUGGAAUUGCCCAAGGAGAUGUCAGAAAAGCUUCCAGAACCUGUCGAUUUUGGAACAACGCCUUCACUGCAUGUUGUCCACAUGAGAGGAUUGCCUUUCCAAGCCAAUGCCCAAGACAUUAUAAAUUUUUUCGCUCCGCUGAAGCCUGUGAGAAUCACCAUGGAGUACAGCUCCAGUGGGAAGGCGACCGGAGAGGCCGAUGUGCACUUCGAUACCCACGAGGACGCCGUCGCCGCCAUGCUCAAGGACCGGUCCCAUGUCCAUCAUAGAUAUAUUGAGCUGUUCCUAAAUUCAUGUCCUAAAGGAAAAUAAGACUUCCAACAGACUCCAGAUAAUAAGGAUGAAGCAAGAAACAUUUCAUCUGCACAUCUUCCUUGGAUGUGGGAUAAAAAGGUCCAGUUUUUGGUAGCAGCUGCUAAAGAAAGGACUUGGACAUUGCGGAUUAACUGCUGAGGAAAAUCUUGAUGGAUGGUUUAGAAACAGAAGGUUCAGUUUAGGGUUAUGAAAUAAACUAUAAAUUUAAAUUUUGUUUAAACUAUCUAGGACCUGACUAACAAACGGAUAAUUAGAGGUGUUACCAGUUGUAAAGAUGACAUUUUCUUUUAAAAUCUAGUUUCCUCCUGUUUUUUGGUUUUUGGUGUUAGUGAAUUGAGAGCUGCCAUGUAAAAUUUCUCAUGGAGUAAAAUGGUAUAUUUUAACCAAACACCAAAGCAAGGGAAGUUUUCAGAACUUUAAAUCACUAUAGUUUGGCCAAGUGCUUUUAAAUUAUAUCUAUUUUUGGUUACUUAGAUAAGGGUAGAAAUUUCUAAAAAGAAAGAAAAAGGAAAGUACAGGUUACUAAGUGUCAUACUAAGAACUUGGCAGUUCUGUCUUUAGAAUUGUUCUGCCUCCACACCCUAUUGUUGAAGGCACUUAACCUUGGUGCCUGUCUAUGGAAGGAAAGUCUAGUCUCAGCUUUAAACUAACCGUUGUCUGAGUCUCUUUCCCUCACUGUUUUUGGUUUGGGGUGUUUCUUAAUUUCAAAACUGUAAAGUGAUACUUUCAAAGUGUUCCUCACUGGUAAGGAUACUGAUGGCUUUAUUUGAAUUUAAACCAGCUCUAGGUAGGAAAAAAAAAAUUGGGGUCUCCUCAUGUGCUUUUUCAGUGGGGUAGCAUAUCUCAUGUUUUAGAACAAGUAGGGGUGCCUUGCUUAAAUAACAUUUGAUGUAUAAUUGUGAGAGGGGUCAUGGGUAGAGCCAGACCUCUGGCACAUUGUGGCACUGCCUUCUGCUUUAAUAUUAACCAGCUUGUUGUUUAAACAUUGGACAAAGUGGCUGGCUUCAAAAAUAGUCAUUAAUAAGCUUAACUUUAUGUAUACCUGUGUAGAAGAGUCAGAGACCUGUAGACUUUCUUUGCCUUGUUCCUGUUCUCAGGGUGACAGCGCCACCAAGAGGUGCAAUUCUAGGUCUUAGGUGGAAUUUUCCGAGAGUUCUGAGAGGUGGUACCUGGAAGAGAGAUUGCGUCUCUCAGUUCAUAACCAUCUUUGAUUACCAGCUAAGAUUCAAGAUCACUGUACUGUAGCCAAUAAAUGAGGUUUGUUUCAGGCCAAA